UCAAAUUUGGAUGAACAAUCCCCUGAAAAAUUCGACGAAAAUAUAAGUUUGAAAGGUACGCUUGACGAUUCCGAAAAGAAAAAAAUUAGAUCCUUGGCACGGAAAUUGGCAAAUGAAGCUCUCAGAUCACCGCAAUUGCAACGCAAUAUAAAAAGAUUGGCAAAUUUAAACGAGCCUAGAUAUAGUCAUUCUAAAGAGAUAAAAGGCUUACUAGAUCAAAGAGAGAUGGGAGAUGUGUUUAAACCAGCGGUAAAUAUGGGAAAGUUGAACAAGUUAUCGAAUUAUAAAAGAAAAAGGAAAAGGACGAAGAGUAAACAUAGGCACGGAAUCAGACAGCGCAAAGAUCAUCCUUUGUUAUACAAACAAAAUUAUAUUAAGAAAGAGCCACGAAAAAUAAAUCCAUCUGCCAAUCAUAUUGACAUAAAACGGCAUAUCAUAAAUGAAGAAACGAACAACCCAAUAAUGAAGAAUAAUAUUAUUCAACGAAACUUUAUAACUGAAAAUGAUGCCUAUCAUUCCUUAAAAAAUAACAUUGCGAACCCUUCACAUUCAAAACGAUGGUUUCGAAAAAUUGACGAUGCGAUUUUAUCAAAACAUGAAAACACGAUAAAACGCUUAAUGCGAGAAAAGAAUUCUCGAAAAAGAGAUCAAGGAAUCGAAUAUUCCGAGUAUUAUAAUAACGAUCCUGAAGCAAUGAAAGUGCAAUUGAAACGAGAUGAAACAGAGAUUGGAAACGAUAGAAUAGUCAGGCAAAUCUCAAACGGCAGUUCUAUCUUCAAUCCGUUCGACUAUCGUUCGCAGUUUAAGGGACAAUUCUCAAACGAAAAUUCCUAUGACAGAGAUUUAAUUUACGACGAUUCAUUGAAACCUUGGGAAAGCGGUCAUGCCCUGAUCAGUCAAUCAGAAGAAGAUAAUGCUAUCGAUCACGUGACCACGUAUUCUCCGAUACUAAUCGAUCAGAAAAUCAAUCUAGGUAGCAUGUAUUAUAUUCCCGAACAAACUCAAAAAGAUCCGACGUUUAAUCAGUUUCAAAUAUCGAAUAUCGAUCAAUCUUCCAAAGAGAACGCAUUGUUCGCCAAUGGAAUAGAAACUUCCACUGACACUUUCAUCAAUUCUGAUCUCGAUCUGGCGCAGAUUCUUACCACCAACGCGAAUACCAUCUUUGGUCAGCAAAUCGAAACCGAGCAAAUUCCUAACGAAGUGCUACAGGAUCAGAAUAGAUUAAACAUACCUCAUUUACAUUCUAAUUUAAGUAUCGAAUCAGAGAUGAGCAAACCUGAGGAAGUGCAAGUGCUUUAUCCCGACGCGAGAGACCCGACAGGAGCUUCGAUGAGCGUACCGCACAUCCUUCGCAAAGUUCCCGGUACUCUGAACGUAUACGUCGCGGAGAAAAAUGCUGGACCCGCGUUCAAUGAAUACGUUUAUUCCGUCGAUCGUACGAGGCAUCCUCCGCAUAAAGUUAAUAAUCAUGUUUCGGUCCUUUCUCAGUCGAUUGUCAAUCGACCAGUAGAACAUAUCUUGAUUCCCGAUCGAGAGAAAUCAUAUGCCACAUCAGCUCGAUACAAGGGUGAUCAAAAACUAGCAUUGGCCGAGGAUAUUCGCAAAACGAAACAGGAAGCUGCUCGAAUUUUUCGCGAACGAUAUAAAAAUGAUAAAAACAAAAAAUUGACGAACAAUAAGACACACGGCGAUUUUGAACCCGCGACGAAAACGGCAGAAGAAACACGACAGGCCUAUUCUGCGACGUUAAGCGAAACCAAGGAAGUCGCAAAUCAAAUACUAGAAAAGAUUGUCAACGAAUUGGAGGAAAUUAAAUCAGAUCGAGCGACUAAGAACGAUCAAAUAGAAGGUUUACCUUGCAAGAUAUCGGGAUCGUGGGUAACCACACAGGGUGGAGUACGGAUCGAUAUGAAAAUCGCAAAUUGUACCAUAAACGUGACUCUCGCGAAAUUGUCACCUCCGCCCGCUCAUCAGGGUUUCCUUGAUCUCACCUGGAAUCUGACCGGAUAUGCGCCGUUCGUGACGGGUGGACCAUUCUCUUUGCUUGGCAUUGACAAUCGCACGAAAUCUCUGGCGGUGUUUGCAGGUUCGUGCAGAGUAUGCCAAGGUAUCGAUACGAUAGUUGGGGUUUGGUCGAUCGCUCAUAAUCCGCGGGACUGUGAAGACUUUCAGAUAGCCACGAAUAUUUUUAAUGAUAUAUUUCGCCGUACUAAACUAUCAUCGGAGAUGAAAAGAAAACACCGAGAGAUCAUACGAUUGCUUCAGGAAAAUAACAAAGAAAACGCAACAAUAGCCUCAACCUCGACUAAUACAGUACAGCAUAAUAACACGUUACAACAAAAUAAUACACUUCAACAUAAAAUAAAGUAG